CAGCGCCCUGCCCCCGGGGGAGGGACGCGGCCGCGCCGGGAGCGAGCAUGGGGAAGCUGCUGGCGGUGGCUCUCGUCGGCAUAGCGGCAGCUUUGCUGGCCGAGCGGCUGUUCACCUUGCGGGCCCGGCUGAACGCUUCCCGGCAAGUGGCUCCGCUCACCCUCCCGACCUGCCGGCUCGUUAAAGGCAUCGAAACUGGGUCCGAAGACAUCGACAUACUUCCCAAUGGCCUGGCUUUCAUUAGCUCCGGCUUGAAAUACCCAGGAGUAAAAAGCCUUGCUCCAGACAAGCCAGGUGAAAUAUUUCUGAUGGACUUAAAUGAAGACAAUCCCAGAGCAGUGGAACUGAGAAUCAGCCGAGGGUUUGACCUGGCAUCCUUUAACCCUCAUGGGAUCAGCACCUACAUAGACAAAGAUGACAGUGUGUACCUCUUUGUUGUGAACCACCCCCAGCAGAAGAGCACAGUGGAGCUGUUCAAGUUUAUGGAAGAUGACAAUUCCCUGCUGCACCUGAAAACCAUUCGUCAUGACCUUCUGACCUGUGUGAAUGAUAUAGUAGCUAUGGGACCAGACAGCUUCUAUGCCACCAAUGACCACUACUUCACUGACUUCAUCUUGAUGUCCUUGGAGAUGUUCUUGGGUUUAACUUGGUCAAAUGUUGUUUACUACAGUCCAAAGGAAGUUAAGGAAGUAGCAGCUGGGUUUUAUUCAGCCAAUGGCAUUAACACCUCCCCAGACAAAAAGUACAUCUAUGUGGCAGAUGUAUUGGACCACAGUGUCCAUGUUAUGGAGAAACAUGCUAACUGGAGUCUAACCCACGUGAAGACCCUGCAGCUGGACACGCUGGCUGAUAACCUGUCUGUAGACCCUCACACUGGGGACAUCUGGACAGGAUGCCACCCCAAUGGCAUGAAGCUCUUCUACGAUGACCCUGAUGAUCCGCCUGGCUCUGAGGUGCUGCACAUCCAGGACAUCCUCGGGGAGCGCCCGGCGGUGACCCGCGUCUAUGCCGACGACGGCUCCGUGCUGCAGGGCACCUCGGUGGCAGCAGUGUACCAGGGCAAGCUGCUCAUUGGCACCGUCUUCCACAGAGCUCUCUACUGUGAGCUAUAGCUCGAUGAGGAUGAUCAGACACCAAGAUGUACAAAGGAAAAGUUCAGGAGAACAUGCACUUCAUAUACAUUUGACCUCUUGGAAAAAAUAAAGAAAAGGAAA